AUGUUUUUGCCUAAUCUCACUAUCUCCUAUAGACCUGAGACACAUGAAAUCUCAUGUGAUUUAUUAUGAGCAAUUAUUGAACAUCUAUUAUCUUGCAAGUACCACCCCAAUGAGGUUGAUAAUCAUUCUUUAGACCUCAGAAACAGAACAAAGUACCUCAGAAGCUGAAAGGCUACUACAGAAGUGUCAAAGAUAUAAGUUCAUUUCUCAACAGCAGUGGUAAUCUACAUGAACAAAUAGGAUCUCCAUCUAAUACUAGUACUGAAGACUCAAUAAUCCAAGCUUUUGAAAAAGGAUUUCUAAAGAACGCUACUAGGGAGGUGUUAAACAAUAAAUUGAGACAAAUUAAGGAAGGAAAUAAUACUAAAGAAGCGAUCAAAGAUGUUCUGGAAUUUACAGUCAAAUCUAAAAAGGAUCAGUUCAUAGAUGAGUUAAAGCUCCUGGAGGGAAGACUUGGCAGUCCUCAAAAGAAUAGGUCCUUUUUAAAAUUUCCGGUUGCCAGACGGACAAGAGAUAGAAGCUGACAUUCACCAGAAUAUAUGACAGGUGAUAGUCCAUCAAAAAUUAAGAUUCACAACUAAAAGUGUGUUUUUGUGCACUUUAGAGAAUUUUAAGGAAAGGAUUUUUGAAGGCAUAC